AGACUCUCUCUCCUCCCCAAUUCACAACCCUAACCCUAAUUCCCAAACCUUUCAAUGUCUCUCUAUCUCUCGCAUCCAACUUAUUCUCGAAGAAAAAAAGAAAGAAGCUAUGGAUCCUACGGAGGAGGAGGUGGAGGUGGAGGAGGAGGAGGAGAAAGAUUGGGGGAGGUUAGAUGAUCUUGAUGGUGAGUAUGAGAUCUGUAUCUGUGCGCGAGAAACGAGCUAUGAAGUGAUGAAGUGUUAUACCAUUAAGGUCCCAGACCAUGAAGCCCGUACUCCUCUUUCAUACUUUCUCUCACGUCCUUCUGCUCCGCUCAAUGCGGUAAUUCAUGGAGCACAGAUAAGGGAAUACUGCAACUUCACCCCAAAGGAUCUCAGUCCGUUUUCGGUAACCACUGCCGAGGAACCUUACACCUCUAGAUACUUGGCACUGUUAAACAACCAUCUGUAUUCUGUUGGUGGCUAUGCAAAACUCACUAGGUCUGAAUUUGAAGAACUUAGAGGCGGCGAAGACUACCCUCUGCAUGGAAUCUAUAUGCCCAGUAGGUCUGUCUGGACCCUUGACCUUUCAUGUCCUGAUCUGGGUUGGAAGCAGCUUGAUGAGCCCAUGAGAAACCGCAGAAAAGACCCUCAGACCAUUGUUGUAGACGGUAAGCUCUAUGUUUUUGGCGGUUUAUAUGGUUACAAACCCAUACCUGAAGAUUGUUCCUCUGGCCGUGGAUGGAUGGAGGUUUAUGACCCCAUUUUGAAAACCUGGGAAAGCCUACCAAACCCACCCUUCAGCAUCGCAAUCGGAGGAGACUUCGAACCAAUUAUUUUCGCUCAUUUGGAGUUGGAGGAAGACAAACACGAGAUUAUGGUGGUUGAUCUGAGCAAUAGUAAAGAAAACAACAUGUGUGCUGAUUUUUUAAAAUACAAUGUUAUGUCUUCUACAUGGGAAACUUGGCUUCAGCAGCAUUGGGCGUUAGUUGACUCAUAUACUCAAUGUGGAAGGGCUGUAGUUGUUGAUCAUACUAAGGCCUAUUGGGCUUGCAUCAUAUCUAUGGAGAAAUGGAAUACUGAAUGCUGUAUCUUUGGAUUUGAUUUAAAAUCAAAAAGGUGGACUCGUGAACGGCUCAACCCUGGACCAUUUUUGGGGGAAUCUGAAUAUUUCUGUUGGACUAGUCCUGGUCUUCUCCACCUAUCCGAUCACAAAUUCUGCCUUCUGUUGAGCUCCCGCAACAGCUCCCACGAGCCAUCCGAAAAGGCUUCUAAUUUUCUUUUUUGUAUCGUACUUGACCUCUCUGCAUUUUUUUAUAUUUAUAGUGAUCCGGAUCGCAAGCCUCCUCUAUCUGUUAUUUCCAUUCAGAAAUACUCACUGGAUACCGAUAUAGAUUUGUUGGACUGCAUGAUUACCAAUCGUGGAACUCAACCACCAAAGAAGAAGAAACCAAAGACAUCAGAGGAAGAAGGAUCAUUAACACAGGGGCUUGCAAAGAGUGCUAAAAAAAGGGAUGAGUGUUCUUGUUUAUGAAAGGGCUGCAAUUUCAAGGAUGGUUAUUAUAUUUUAUAUGUAUGUGGGAUUGACGCUUCACUUUUGCUAUUUGUUUUUUGUGCAGUUAGACUAAUUAACUACUUAAACUUGUAGGAGUGUAAUUAUAUAGCCCCUAAUGAAAGAAUUGAACUUCUUGGCUUAUUUAAAAUCAUUAUGGAUAUCAAGUGAUGUAAGGCUACAUUGAAAUGAAUUCGAAGCUAUCUUUAUCUAUUAGUUUAA